CCGUCGUCUUCGCCGCGGUUUGUACAAUCCAUAUCCUCGAUCUGUGCUGCAUGAUGGCGGGCAGGCCCAGACAAUCCACGCCGUCAUGGUCAGACCUCCAGCCGGAACUUCUGGGCCUCGUCCUCAGCCGGCUCCCCUCCCUAACCGACCGUAUCCGGCUCCGAGAGGUCUGCCACCAGUGGUGCCGCGCCGCCCGGAUGGCGCCCCUGCUGCCCACCCGUGGGUGGCCCUCCACGACGCGACCUUCGUCAGCCUCCCGGCCGGGGAGACCCACCGCGUGCCUCUACCGGACGACGGCGCUCGCCGUCUUGGCUGCCAUGGCUCCGUGGGCAGAUGGCUCCUCUUCCAGGACAAAAUCGACGGCGCGUGCUCGCUCGUGGACCCAAUCUCCAGGGCCGCUGCAGUGCGGCUUCCUCGGCUGCCCUCCUUUGCUCCCCUGGGAGCACAUACCACGAGGCUUCGACUGCUGCUGGUGCUGCGUCAUUCAGAGUGCCCCAUGAGGCCAUAUCAUGCCGCGUUCUUCGACGGAAAGCUGUACGCGAUCUCGCACAGCAACAAGCUCUUCGCCCUCGACAUUGAUUCGAGCGAACAAGGCGAGCCCAGAAUCCAAUCUAUGAGAUGCGUAGCUGACUCCAUCAAUGAUUCAGGGACUACAUCGCGAGCCUUUCCUGACGGGUAUGUCGACCACACAUAUUGGAGAUAUCUUGUUGAAUCUGGUGGCAGGUUGCUGCAGAUAAGGCGGCUGGCUAGGAUCCCCUCCAUUGCGCGAGGUUGUGAUAGAGCGCGACGGUGUCGUACUGUUUCAUUUGACCUCUUCGAAGCAGACUUGACCGGUUCCUGUGGCCAAUGGAGACCGGUCAGCAAUUUGGGAGGGCAAGCUAUCUUCGUUGGCACAUACUCUAGGUCUCUUCCUGCUUUCUGAAUGUGGAGCUCAGGAGGAUUGUGUCUACUUCAUGUGUGACCAGGGUAGUGGAUAUUGUGAUAAAGAUCCUUUUCACGAUUGUGGUUUGUUCCACGUGAGAAAUGGGAUGAUCACGCCUAUGCUGCCAAAGAUUGCGGUCGUGCCGACG